AUGUGCAGCAUUGAAGAAACACUAAUUGAUAUUGAAACUACCAAGAGUAGACCUAGUGACAAGAAUUGCAUUAAAUGCAAGACCUCAAGGGCAACCAUUCUAAUUCGCCAUUCCACCUAUUGCAAGCGAUGCUUUCAAUACAUGAUUGUUGGUAAAUUUCGCAAGAACAUGGAAAAGUAUCGAACGACUAACUCGCAAAUUGGAGAAAAAGUCAUGAUCGGCUUGUCUGGAGGACCAUCGUCCAGAGCGAUGCUUCAACUACUGAAUGAUUAUAAUGAAACUUUGCCACAUGAAAUAUCAAAGAAACAAUUAUUUGCGGAUGUCUUGGUCUGUCACAUUGAUGAGAGUGCAAUAUUUGACACGCAGGAUAGCACAAUGGAUCGAGUUAAGAAAAUUGCUCAAGAAUACCGGUACCCUUUCGUUGGGUUACCAAUCGAAAAUAUAUUUUCGGCAGAUUAUACAUCAAGCGGGGCUUACAAGGAAGUUCUCAAUGUGACUUUUGAUCAAUCUAAACAACAAGAAAUCAAUGAGUUUGUCGCCACAGUUGGCCAAAACGAUGGGCAUUCAAAUAAAGAGAAGUUACAGCUGUUACUUAGAGGUAUAUCUAAAUUGACCGCCAAAGAAGACUUUGUGUGGUACUUGAAACAAACUCUAUUGAUUCAUACUGCACGUAGAACAGGAUGCACGCGGCUAUUUUUAGGAGAUAGUUCAACUCGGUUAUCUAUCAAGAUCAUAUCUUUGACAAGUAAAGGGAGAGGGUUCAGCUUGCCUCUGGAAAUCUCUGGAGAGAACCAAUGGUUUGAAGAUGUGUCGAUCGCAAGGCCGAUGAAAGACAUAACUUUAAAGGAAAUUUGCAUUUACAAUCAUUAUUUAGGUUUCGAUAAUGUUUUCACUUCCUCGUUGACAUCUAUGCUACCACCUAAGGCGAGCAUUGAGAGGCUGACCGAAGAUUUUAUUGUCGGUCUGGAAAAGGAUUAUCCAUCCACUGUGAGCACCAUUACAAGAACAGGGUCUAAAUUGUCAAUUCAAAAUUCUGUCGAUAAGGAAAGUCAUUGUAUGAUGUGCUUAAUGCCAUAUCAAAAAGGGAACAAAAUUUGGAAAAACAGAAUAACUGUGAUGAGAACUCCAUCGUUACCCUCCACAAAAAAAAUGCCGACAGACCAGAAUGCAACUAUAUGUAAAAAUGAAACAUCGUCUUGCUCACAAGAUGCGUGCUGUUCUCAGAAUGAUCGCACUAAAUUUGACCAAAAUGUCGACAUCUCUGACAUAUUGUGUUACGCAUGUCGUGUCAAUAUGCGUGAUGCCAAAGAAAUCGCGCUUCCUCCGUACGUUGCCGAGGAGGCUGAAAAGGAAAAUAGAAGAAGAAAAUUAAGAAAACACAUUGAAGAGUUUCUGAUAGAUGAUAAUGAAUAA